CAAAAUUCAAAAUCUCACCAAAUGUGCAACAAAAGUCCCUGGACCAGAGUUUUUAUUUUAGCCACAUCAAAAUACCUUUUAUCACUCAUCACUGCCAGAUUAACUCCGAUAAACCAAGUCUGCACGGCUGCCAUGAGAUGAAGACAGUCGUCAGACAGGCCUUUUUGCUGUGAGCAAACAAUGAGAGAGAGCCCGAGGAGACCCAUCAUCCUGAAGAGGAGGAAGCUGCCCUUUCAGAAGAGUGAAUCUGAUGUAGGGUGUGAUGAGGCUGAUGGGCCACGCUCCAAGACCACCCCGACCCCGUCCACCGCCCGCUGCUUCCCUGAUGGCAUCCGGAUGAUGGACCACCCCACCAUGCCAGACACUCAGGUGGUGGUGAUCCCGAAAGCAGCCGAUCUGCAGAGCGUCAUCAGUGCCCUGACGGCCAAAGGAAAGGAGUGUGGUCCUCAGGGCCGAAACAAGUUCAUCCUGCUCAGUGGCAGCACCAGUUUGAAGGAGGAGAAAGCCCUCGGGUGUUUAUCUACAGAACCUAGGGAUGAGCUUGAGAAAGUGAAAAGGGAGACGGAGUGCUUCCCGCUGGAUGAUAGUCUGACAAACAUCCAGUGGCUGGGAAAAAUGAGCUCUGAUGGGCUUGGAUCAGAAUCAAACCAAAAAUGCACCAACGAAGACAAUCCAAAUGACUGUCCUCAGCAGUCCAAAGCUCCAGAAAAGGAGAAGGACCCUCUGUCUGAGAGACCACCAUAUUCCUACAUGGCUAUGAUCCAGUUUGCAAUCAACAGCAAGAAGAACCGACGCAUGACCCUGAAAGAAAUUUACAAUUGGAUCGAAGACCACUUUCCGUACUUCAGAAAUGUUGCCAAACCUGGAUGGAAGAAUUCUAUACGUCAUAAUCUCUCGCUGCAUGACAUGUUCGUCCGGGAGACGUCUCCUGAUGGCAAGAUCUCCUACUGGACGAUCAGACCGGAAGCAAACCGCUGUCUCACUUUGGACCAGGUCUACAAGCCUUUGGUUGACCCAGUGACCCCCACUUGCCCUCAGAUCACACAAGUUGGUUUCAAACAACAACAGAAGAGAGGUCCUCCGGAGCUGAAGAAAGCCAUACCCGCCACAGGUGGCACAGAGAGGAAGAUGAAGCCGCUUCUGCCUCGGACGGACUCAUACCUGGUUCCCAUCCAGCUUCCUCUGGGUCAGUCACUCUUCCUGCCCUCCUCCAGUCCCGCGUCUCUCGCCGUUCCUCCACACGCUCACAGUUCCUCCACUCCCAGCUCCAGCGGUGCGAGCAAGCGGGUCCGGAUUGCCCCUAAGAUUGACGUGAGCUCGGUCAUGCUGUGUGCAUCCAGCUCUCAGGAUAUAAAGGAGGAGCCUGUGAAUGUGUCUAUGACUCCAGAGGUGUCUGCGGCUCCGCCCCCCAAAACCAGACACAGAGAAAACCGCAGCUCCCGCCGAAAACAGCGUCUAGUCCUGCCAGCCACCGAGGAACCCGUCCUGCUCUACCCCGACAGCACUCUCUUUGACUCGGGCGUGGUCUCCGACGUCUCCACCUUCCAAGACACUCACGAUCCGGAGCCCCAAUCCACCUGUAAACCUGACCCCGACAGCCCAAACAGAGAAUAUGCUUUUAAAACGCCCAUCAAGAGCAGCCACCCUUCCUCAUCCACUCCCAGUAAGCUUCCCACAGUUCUGGAGCCCUGGAGGAUCACUCCUGUCGGAAAGGGAGGCGUGCUGGACUUCAGCCCCAUCCGUACGCCCAGCGGGCCACAGCUUACCCCACAACGGAACGAGCACACACCUUUCAGCUUCAACAGCACGCCUUUCAAAGAGCUGGCGCUCUUCAGCUCCCCUCGAGAGCUGCUCACCUGCUCCAGACCUUCUCCGAGACGCUCCACUCCGACCUGCUCCAGAGAGCUGUUGCAAAUGGGUGCCGCCAACCGCUCUCUCACUGAAGGCCUCGUCCUGGAUACCAUGAACGACAGCCUGAGUAAAAUCCUAGUGGAUAUCAGCUUCCCCAACCUGGAGGAUGAUGAUCUCUGCAUGGCAAACAUCAGCUGGUCCCAAUUUAUCCCGGAGCUCAAGUGACUCCUGUAGCUUAUCUCAACUUCUUUUAUCCGAGCUGCUCACACUUCCCUCACUGCCUUUGAUUCUUAUUUACUUGCUAUUGAUCUCUUAAGUAUUUUCUUAACUUCUAUUGCUAUUUCACUGCCUUUUACUGUACGUGUCUGUGUUUCGGAUAUGUAGGCCUUUGUUUGUGCGCAAAACUGUUAGUGACGAAUGUACUUAGAUGAGAUUAAUUUGCACAAGUUGUAAUAUAUAAAUAUGAGUGUGUGAGAGAGAGUGUAUAUUAUAAGUGGACAUACAGAUUUGCCAGAUGAAUUAAUUUACACUACUCAAUUCUACAGUGUUUCUUUAUUUUGGAAUGAUUUUGAAAACCUUGGAUUAGCCAGAUAGACUGACGGUAAAAAUAGCACACAACAACAGAUUUUUAAGACAAUUUGGGGUGUGAAAAAAAGCCUCACAUUCAAAUUAAAGGGAUAGUUCACACAGUUAUAAAACAAUCUGCCCCCCACUUGUUCUAAACCUUUCUUCUGUUGAACACAAAAGAGGAUUUUUUAUUUUUAUUUUAUUUUUUGGAAAACAUUGGUCACUAAACAUCUGACUGUAGCCAUUGACUUGUAACUUUCUUCAGAAUAUUUUCUUUCGUUCAACAGAAGGAAGAAACUCCAACUCAUGGGUGAGUAAAUGAUGAUAGUAUUUUCAUUUUUGGGUGGACUGUCCCUUUAAUGGUUGUUUGUUAAUUGCAUAUGGUCAUGUAAGUGGUGCACUGUACUAGAAUUUACUAGUCAUUCAUCUGAAGUGUAUCAAGCUUUUUAUAACAUCCCAUAAUGCGUGUUUUAAUGGUUACAAACGUAUCAGAAUAGUGACUCAUCUCUGCUGCUGCUGCUUUUCUGCAUUCAUGUGUUUUUGCUAUUAAGAAUGAUUUAAGUAAGACUUUGCAUUCUGGAUGUUGGGUAUGACCAAGAUGAGCGUUCAGAGAGAUUUGUGGUGUGUUACAAAUCUUUUAAUGUUCAUUUACAUAUGUAAAGUGAUUUGUGAGCAUGAAUCGAGUUCAUAUGUGCUUAAAUGCAUAUAUGCUUACGUUCUUCCAAUGUAAAACAAAACCAAGGAAAAAACAGCUAAAUGUCAUAAAAAUAUACAAAAACUACAUGGUUGACAUUUACGGUGUUAAGAUGUUACAUCAGCAUUAGAAAUGAAUUACUAUAUAAUAAUAGUAUGUUAAUGCACACACAUUUGAAAAGAUGGUUUCCAUAAGACUUCAAAGCCAUGUAAUAUUCAAAUUUGACAUUCCCCAAAAGCAUACAUUUUGGUGAUACAUAAAAACUUCCCAUUAAGACCCUCUGCCUUUCAGAGAACCAUAUGAGGAUGUGUUUUGUGCUAUUUUUGAAGACUAUUUAAAUAUGAAAGUUCUCUACUAGGCAUUUUACUGAGGUAACAGGCUUCGACCAGAAACACCCAUUGUCAUUUCCAACAAAGCAUACAAUUUGGUUUCUCUUCCUAUUGUACUUACUUUUUGACAAUAAAGGGAUACUUCAUACAAUCA